CCGAACACAAAACUCUCUAAAUCCACCAGAUAAUUCCCCUACCCCUUCCCUAGGGUUUUUGACCUGCCUAUCCCUCUCCAAAUUUACCCUUCUUCCACUCCUCGAAACGACGGCACCUCCAAAUCGACGAGAAAACAAAGAAGAAGCAGAAGAAAAAGCGGCAAAGAUGGCCGCACCUGAAGCCCCUCUCCGUUACGUCGGUAUCGUUAGGGAAUCCCCUGCUUUCCGCCUCAUGAAACAAAUGGGAUGGGAAGAAGGAGAGGGGUUAGGGAAAGAUAAACAGGGGAUCAAGGGUUAUGUUAGAGUAAAAAACAAACAGGACACUACAGGUGUUGGAGUAGAGAAGCCUAAUAACUGGGCAUUUGAUACCACCCAAUUUGAUAGCAUCCUUAAAAGACUGAAAGUGCAAGCUGUGCAAAGUAAUGAUGAAGAGGUUGUGAAGGAGAACAGCAGUGAAGAAAAAACUGAGACUGAUGCAACUAAUGAUGCUAAGGAACAAGUUGUCAAGGCUACUCGAGCACGGGGAAGAUAUCAUAAAAGAGAGAGGGGGAAGCUUGUCAAUGCAUAUUCUUCAAAGGAUCUCUCAGGGAUUCUUGUAAAAAAAUCAGAGGAGUUACCUCAGACAGAUCCAAAUCCAGACAAUGAGUUGGAGUCUGAAUCUGCACUUGAGAGUCAAAUAUGGUAUCUUGGAGGAAGCAAGGUUGAAGAUCUUCCUCCAGAUUGGUGGGGUUUUAAACACGGGUUUGUAUCUGGUGGUUUACUUGGAGCAAAGCCUGCCAAAAAGAAAUCAACCAGAACUGCUGAUACUCACAAUCGUAAUGAAAGGGCCAUGUUCUUUGAAGAAGAUCAAGAGAAUCUCUACAAACUUGUCCAAGACAAAGCUACAUCUGGAAAGCAAGGGUUGGGUAUUAAGGAUCGGCCAAAGAAAAUAGCUGGUGUUCGCUUUCAGGGGAAAAAGACCACCUUUGACAACAGUGAUGAUGAGGAUUCUGCAUCUGAUGACGACGACUCUGAUGCUGAUGACAAAUGUUCUGCUGAUUUUCCCUCAGCAAAACAAAAUUGUGAUGGCAUUCUGGAAAUGGAAAAUGUUGAAGCGAAAAUUGUUGACAAGGAUUCUGUUGAUUUCUGUUCAUCAGGAAAACGUAAACGUGAGGACACUCCCAAAAUGCAGGAACUUAAUGAACAAAAAGUGAAGUUGAAAAGCCUGUGUAAAAGGCUCCUGCACCAGGUGCCGGGAGAGUCAUUAAAGCUUAAAAAGCUGAAAAGUCUGGUUGAAGAACACUCACCAGCUGUUUUUUCAAACUUCACUUCCAGGAGAGAUGCUGUUGCUUACUUGAAGCAAAAGCUGGAAGGUUGCAAGAAGUUCUCCGUUGAGGGAAAGAGAGUGAGUCUAACAUCCAGGAGAAGCUGAAAUUGUUUGUUAGGAAUUGAGAUGCCUGUAGUUCUGUAUAUUGCGGCUGAGACUGGUUUUGAAUCUGAUUCACACACCAUUUGAUUGUUGGAUUCAUUUUAGUAAGCUGGAAUUUUGCUGGUAUCUACGCUCAAUUUUAUCCUCGAUUAAGAGUGUAAAAUUCAUUAAAAUAGUGUUCACGUUUGGAUGAGAGUUGUAUCACAGAAUAAUUUCUUAGAACAAUUUUGUUAUUAAAAAGUCAUGGAAGUUGUUUUGAA